AUGGACGAUACAAGUGACAUUUCCCGAGUUGAGCAGUCUGCUGUAUCUGUGCGACUUAUAUACAAAGGAGAAGUUGAAGAGCAUAUGCUUGCUUUAAUUGAUUCAUCCGAAGACCAGACAGCAGACGGCUUAAGAAGAGUCUUACUAAAUACUCUGUCAGAGUAUGGAAUCACACCAGUUUCAAGUAAAAACAAACUAAUUGGUCAGUCAUAUGACGGAGCACCAACUAUGAGUGGUGGAUUAAGAGACGUCCAGAAACAGGUUCAGAACGUUUUUCCAUUUGCCUAUUAUAAUCACUGCAUUGCUCAUAGGUUAGCCUUAUGUGCCUCUGAGUCUUCAAGCAAAGUUCCGAAGAUUGCCAAGUUUUUCAGCACAGUGGACGAAUUAAUAGAUUUCUUUAGAAGCAGCCCUAAGGGCACGAGCUACCUUAGAAGAAAUCUCCCAAAGCCUGGAGACACACGUUGGUUUUCUAGGAACACCGCUAUUGGCGUGCUUGACGCUUGGUAUGAGAAUAUAGGAACUGUUUUAUUUGAAAUCGCAAAUGACAACAGUGAGAAAUCAGAAACCCAAAUUACAGCCAGAGGCCUAUGCAUUCAAGUUCAGCAAGUCGAGUUUAUUUUUUUUCUCAAGUUUUAUCGUAAACUCUUCGAAUAUUUUACACCAGUAACGACUAUGAUGCAAAAAACUUCAAUUGAUGCUAUUCAAAUUUCGUCAAUGCUUGAGGAUCUAAAAGCUAUGCUAACAGCUUUCGAUUUUGGACAAAUUUGGGAAGAUACUCUUGCAGCCGAUCCAGUUAUGCCAACUGUACGUGUCAGAACUGGUUGGAGAGGAAUAGAGGACGAGAUUGGCGGCUCACAUGAAAGUUGGAGAAGGUCAGUGACUGCAGUGGCUAAAGAGCUAAUACGAUUAGUUUUGGAAAACAUUGAGUGGAGAUUCGCGAACCUAAAAAAGUUUAAAUGGAUGAAAUUGGUAGACCCAUCAAAAUUUUCAAAGCAAACAAGACUGCCACAGAAAGAGCAAAGAGCCCUUAUAGAAGAAUUGAGCAAAAUAUAUCAAUUCCUUGUUCCUGACGUUAUUGCACUUGAAAACAGCCUGGAUAUUUUAUAUAAUAACAGAGAAAUUAUACUUCUUCUGGAGAGGCUGGUUCGGGAGCGAGACUCCAUUAUUGGAAAAAAAAGAGGGCGUAAUCAAAUGAGAACAGAACCGAGACAACAGUUAGAGAACCAAGGGGAAGAACACGACCCAGAACUAAUGGAUAGGUUUGCAGUUUCGGAGCAGAAAAUUUUUGCUGAUGCUGUUCAGGAGGGAAAGCCAAAUGUGCAAGACCUUUUGCUUGUUAUUAGGCAGGCAGAACUCGAAGACGCCUUGCCACAAGUUGUGAAGCUUCUGGAACUAGCUGUCGUGACGCCGCUCACAAGCGUUCACUGCAAGCGUAUUUUUAGCAAAAUGAAAGGAAUCAUUUCACCUGCAAGAUCUAAGAUGUUGCAAAAAAGAAAAGAAAUGCUGGUGUUUUUGCAGGUCGAGGAAAAAAUAUUGAAAUGGCUUUCUGGACAAAAAUAUUUUAAAGACAAUGUAGUUGCCAGAUUUAAGGGUUAUAAUCAAAGCCGUUUUGAAAGAUUUUCUAGGAAGUAG